CAGAUAUUAAGAUCUAUCGAAUACUCACCUGCAAACCGCCCUGAUUUUGUGGUCCAUUGGGGACUGAUGGUGCAACUGGGGGGCGGAGAGAAACAGAGCCACAGAGGAUUCGGUCUUUGACUACACCCUGUUCGCUUUAUCUCAGAGUGAAACAUGCAGGUACGAUGUGCUGGUUAAUUAUUUGGUUGAUACUGUGAACUGUGAAAAAUGAGUUGGAUGCUCUCUGUCUGGAUGUCUGCGGCCCUGCUGGCUCUCUGUGGAGGACAAAACAGUGAACAGCAAGAGGUGCACCUUGCUCCGUCCGGUUACCAUCUGUGUAUCCGCAAUGAGACCCGGACUGUGAGUUUCCUGGUGGUGCAAAUGGUCCCCUACACGGUGUCAAAGCCUUGCGGCGGCUGGCUCUUCUGGAAGACGUGCACGGUCACGCUUCACAAGCUGGUCCAUCAGACCGAGCACAAGACAGUGAACGAGCAGGUGGCCCGGUGCUGCGAUGGCUUCGUGCAAGUCGGCCGUUACUGUGCCCUGCCUGUAAACAGGAGUGGCGAGUUUGUUGCCAAGCCAGGAUCCUGUCCAACUGCGGAUGGAUUUUCUUCUAGCUCUGAGGCCUGCGUGUUGGAUAUAGACUGUCCAGGCUGGCAAAAAUGCUGCCAGAGAUCCGGCCACUGCCUCUGCACGGAUCCUGCAAGCUCAAACGACUUUGAAAGCGGUGGAAACAUUUUGAAUGCAACGGUGAUGGUGAAGGAAGAUUACAAGCAGCUGAUGACCAAGGAUGACGGCCUCCUUGAUCACGCUAGAUUGCUGCAAGCAAUGGUGACUGGAGCUCUGCAGUCCGAGGUUUCCAUCCGUUACCUCGACUCAUGGCCUGUGCAUCCCUACAGAACGGCCACCUCCCUGCUAAUCGACUGCAACUUCACCCUUUCACUGCACAACGUCACGUCGAGGCUGAGCCUUCUCCUCACACACAUAGACGAGGUGACUUCUGUGACAGUGGAAGAUUUGGACGAGUGCGCACACUCUGCUCUUCAUCAGUGCUCCCCUCUGGCCCACUGUGUCAACACAGUCGGCUCCUACCACUGCGUCUGCCGCGGGGGAUACACUGACGCUGACCCCGGCAAUCCUGGAGCCAACUGCACAGGUUUCAACAUCAGCGUCACCACAGAGGCCCCGCUGACCCACCUGCCACUGACGAUGAACACGACCUGUGCCCCAGAGUCCAACACCACGCGGGACCUUCCAGGCAACAGCACCACGGGUCUUUUCAACUCCUCUGAGAGCAACACGGCCACAUCUCUGACAUCACCUCCCUCGUCCUGGACAAGACCUGUGACUCAGACCAACGCGAGCUCAACUGAAGAGGCACCUCUGCCAGCAACCACAUGUCCACCUCCCAGCAUCAACAUGUUACAGCCUGCUAACGUCACUGGAACGUCCUUCUGUGUUUACUGGUCCGGCCAGUUUCACCCAAACCAGACUUACCUGGUUGAAAUACGCAAGGGGUCAGAGGUCGUGUUGUCCUUGGAAACCAAUCAGACCAGGAUAGAGAAGAAGAACCUGCAGCCUGGGAUGCUCUACAAUGUUACUGUCACACCUUGUGCAUGUGGAAGCCAAGGAGUCGCCCUUCACAUAUCCAUCAGAACGGACGCCCAGACUGUGGACGGCACAGCACGACUUACCAACAUCCAGUUCACUGAGGACCUCCAGAACACCAGCAGCCAGGCCUACAGAAACCUCACUGAGAGUUUUAUUCACGAGAUCUACCGCUCUCUGUCUCCAGAAAUGAGGGCACUGGUAGAUUCAGGCCAGGUGACGAUCGAGAUCAAAAGCAUUUCCAUGGGCAGUGUGGUGGUCAACUUUAUCAUAAUCCUCUCGUCCGGUCAAAGCCAGGACAUAAGGAAUGUAUCCACAGCACUGCUGCACUCCCUGAUGAACAGCCCCGUGUACACUGUGGAUGCAAACAGCACAAGCAUAAAUGAUGUUAAUGAGUGUGCUUCAGGGGACAAUGACUGUCACCCGUGGGCAAGAUGCACAAACACCUUCGGAUCGUACACGUGUGAUUGUUUGGAUGGAUACAUGGACAACAAUCCAGAAAGGCCUGGACGAGUCUGUCAAGCAAUUGCUGCCUUGGAGACAACAACAACGGCAGUGGCAACAGCGAUAUUUCCUACAGUUAGCUCCUCUACCGUCUCUCAGAUGACCUCCACCAGUGAGCCGUCAACAAGUCAGUCAAUCGUUACUCAGUCCACCCCCGGCUUUGCCACAACAGCAGCCACUGUUGCCCUAGCAACCUCCUCUACUACAACAAUAACCACUACUAUCCCAACAACCACUUCAAUUACCCCAACAACAAUCACUACAACCCCAACAACCACCACUACUACCUCAACAACUACUACUGCUACUCAAACAACCACUACUACGACCCCAACCACAACCAUUACUGCUACCCCAACAAUCACUACUACUACCCCAACAACAACCGGUACUACUACUCCAACAAUCACUACUACUACUACCCCAACAACAACCGCUACUACUACUCCAACAAUCACUACUACUACCCCAACAACAAACGCUACUACUACCCCAACAAUCACUACUACCACCCCAACAACAACCACAACCACUACCCCGUCCUCUUUUACUAACCCAGUGAUCACUGCUACCUCAACAACCAUUUCGACUACCCUAGCAACCACUUCAGCCAACACAACAACCACUGCUACCCCACCUUCUACUAGCCCAAUGAUCACUAGUACCCCAACAACCACUUCAACCACUGCUACCCCACCUUCUUCUACUAGCCCAAUGAUCACUAGUACCCCAACAGCCACUUCAACCUCUACUACUCCAACCCCUUCUACUAGCCCAGCAACAACUACUACCCCACUGACCACUUCUACAACAACUACCACUACUGCUUCCCAGCGAUCUGCCACCAAUACCUCUAUACAGUGGGCCCUCUCGGUCCAGUGCAAAGUUGGUGCCAUCACCGUGGCUGUUGCCAAAGAUUUUCUUACUAGAGCCCACAUUCAGGAGAGCGCCCUGUACCUGGGCAUGCAGGAUUGUGUUGUCAACGGAGGCAAUGCUACCCAUGUCGAGCUGACUGUGGCCUGGGAUGAGUGUAACAUUACGCUUGUGCAUAAUGAGACCUCCUACACAGCAUCCAUAAUGCUGUUCAACACCGUGGAUCCAUACACCUCAACAAGUGGAUCGGUGCCCAGAACACUGCUGCAAGUCCCCAUCAUGUGUACCUACAUGAAGAACAUGCUUAUCUCUGCAGACUUCAGUUCCAUGGGGUAUGAUAUGAUCAAAGAUGUCAUCAUGGGCUCGGGAUCAUUCCAGGUGGUAGUGCAGCUGAUGAACGGUACGGUGCCUCUGCCCUACAACUACACCUUGUCCCCCAAGGAGGCUGUGGUGGUGGAGGUCAGGCUCAACGUCUCCUCAGAACAGAUUAAAUUAAUCAUUAGCAAGUGCUGGGCCACCGAAUCACCAAACCCUGCAGACACCCCGCCCUACAUCUUCCUGGAAAACAGCUGUUCCACGAACUCAUACACCACAGUGCUGAUGAAUGGGAACUCCACCACAUCCCGCGUGUCUGUGAAGAUAUUCUCCUUUGUCGACCUGAAUGUGCUCUAUCUGCACUGCAAGGUCCAGAUCUGCUUGCAGAUCGGGUCGGACUCAUGUGUGCCCGAUUGUCUACAAAGAACGGCUCGGUUUCCAAACACAAUUGGGGCAGCUCUUGGUUCUUCCGGGCCUGUGCUCAGGUCAGCUGAAGAGUCUUUUGAAGAAAAAUUUAACACUCUCCACAUAGUCGGCCUCUCCUGCCUCGGGGUCGGACUGUCGCUCUUCUUCAUCAUUGGUUUCGUCUGCCUCUUCUAUUACCAAAGGAACCGCAUCGGACACUACAACUUCAGCGUCAAACCCAAGCAAGAGAACUUCACCUACUUGGUCUUUAACACCUAAGGGUGCAGCAGACCUGCGCCAAGUCAACAAUUAGACAAAAUAAAAUACUUGCAAGGUUGUUACGGCGAAGCCGCCACUGGGUGUCGCUGUUGCACCAUUCACACUUUAGCUUUCGGCUGAGCAUGUUUGCACAUUACGCUAUAUAUGCAGCACAGAUAUAUAUUUGAAUUUAAAUCUGGCUCCUCCACAUGUACCUAAAUAAUAAUAGAGUAGUUGCACAAGAAAGUCAGAUGUCAAACCUACACAUUUAAUGGAUAUUCUAAAGGUAAGUAGGUAAAGAUUUUAUGCCUUUAGCUGGAGCUAAAAUGCGUAUGAGACAUGAAAAUACUCAGGAGAAAAUUAUAUAUAUAUAAACCUAAAUGCAGGAGUCUUCAACUACUCACUUAGGCUGGAAAAGCAAGAUUUUUAAUGUACCGAGUUUGCACUGGCUUGUUUUGGAUGUCUUUGUCUAUACAAAGAUGUUUUGUAUUGUGGAUGCUUAAAAUAUCACAUCUAAUACUGCACAAUUAUUGAAUUCAAUUUAAUUUUAUUUCACCUGCUAUUUUAUUUAUUUGUUUAUUUUUUACAAUCAAUAUUUUAGAAUUUGUCCUGAUUGUCCUGUGUCGCAGAUAUAUGCUGUCUGUCGUGUUAACUGAAUAAAUAAGGAAGGCAGACA